GUUGGGUGAUGUCCUCCUGCUUUGUGAGAGCUACCGAAUGCAUACGGAUCGAGAGGACGACAAUAAAUGAUUAGGUCAGGGAAGCACAACAGGCAACCUGUAAUGGCAUCGGAUGAUGGUCACAUUAGACCUGUCUCAGCACAGAGCCCGCCCGGCGAUCCGACAUAGUCGUCACUCACUCUCUCUCGGCUCGGCAACGAUCUGCGGGAGAGGAAAAGAAAGAAGAUCUUAGGACGUAUUUGUUGCUACAACCACCGUGAGUUCUCUCGUAUACACCGUUAGAUCUUGAUCGAACGCAUGGAGGCGAACGAUGUCGUGGAGGUUGGAAAGGGUGAUUUAGUCGAUUCGGACUUGUUUGGGCUUAAUGAUGGAAAUUCUCUCUCUCCUUUCCUUGCCACUACCAAACCCUAGUUUUUGUGGGAUGUUUUUGGUGUUGAUCUACUGUUGAUAGUAAUAGGAAUAGGUGAAGGUGAAUAGAGGAGCGGCAAUGGCGGGAGAAGGAGAUCGGGGAGCUUCGGGGGGUGCGGAGGAUGAUCUGCCCAUCUUUAACGCCGAAAACCUCCAGAGCAACAUUAAGUCCAUCUAUUACAGUCGAACCUUCUUGUCUAUCAUUGGUGGAGUGAUUGCUGGAAUAUGGGGAUUUACGGGCUUAACAGGCUUCAUCUUUUAUUUCUUAGCGAUGGCAGCUGCUUCUUUCGGUCUUGCAGCUCAAGCAAAAUUUUCUGUCUGUACAUACUUCGAUUCUUGGAACAGGAUUUUUCUUGAUGGGAUUUUUGGUGGCCUCAUGCUUACUUGGAGAUACCGACAUAUCAUGUGCACUGCUGUCCUCGACUUUGUGAAGUUCAACCUUGACACAUCCAGAUUUGCUUAUGACAUCGUUCAUAUUUUUUUGAAGAAGAUGACAUGCUGGUGACAACAAGACGGUGCUUUGGAGCAUUCAAGGAUGUGCCAAAGGCCAAUUACUUGAAAGCUAGCUUCACCAUUCUCAGCUUCUUGUGAGGUGCAAACAUUUGUAUUAUUUGGUAUCUGAUACAUAUUUGGUUUUUUGGGUUACCUAAUGCUCAAUUUACGGACGACCAAAAUCCUUGUUGCUCUGUAUUUGGUGAAUCAAAUCAUUGAUUCUGCUGCCUGCCUGUUUAAUUUAAUGGACUUGGUUUUUGAUUC